AUGGCCAUCACUCACUCUCUUGGGGAGCUAUUGUCUUCUAGAGAUCACCUGGUGGCUCUCUUUGUCCUUCCUCCUACUCUCGGUCUUGUAUAUUUCCUCCAGUGGUUUAUCCAAAGAUACUUUCUCAUCGGGAAAUACAGAAACCUACGCUACCUACCUCCAGGACCACCCAGUAGUAUCUUCACCGGAACACCAGGCUACCCAAAAGACAAAUGCCACAUAUUUUUCAAAAAGCUUUCUGAGGAAUAUGGUCAGAUAAUCAGUGUCUGGCAGGGCCCAAACCUGCAGAUUGUGUUAAACUCUCCGCGAGUCGUACGAGACUUGUGCUACAAGCGCGGAAAUAUCUACAAUGACCGGCCAAAAAUGUAUGCGUUCCACGACUGCAUCUUUCGCGGUAUAUCCAUCGUCAGCACUGGUUACAACAAUAUGUGGAAAAAGCAGAGAAAGAUUUUCAAUUCGGUCUCAGGCGCCGCUGCUGCCAAAAAGUUUCUUCCUUUUCAAGACUAUGAAACCAAACAGUAUCUCCAUGACUUGCUGAAAUCUCCGGAACAAUUUUACCUGCACACAGAGCGGUUUGGGGCCAGCAUUCUCACUACAGCAGUCUAUGGCUUCCGUGCGGAUGAUAUCACUGAUCCUUCUGCGCUGGGAUUGCUUCUGACCGGGUCAUGGCUGGAAAGCAAUCUUCAUCCCGGAAAAUUUGUCGACGAUAGAUGGCCAAUUCUGCAGCAGAUCCCACGAUCUCUGGCAUGGUGGAGAAAAACCUAUGAUGACAAUGCGAAAAUGCUCGACUCAAUUGCACGUGCAUGGUGGGAUCCUGCAAAGAAGGCCGUAGACCAAGGCAAAGCUGUGCCAUGCUUCGCAACCGAUUUUAUCAAGCAGUACCCAUCAGAAGGGUUCAACGAAGACGAGGCGGCCCUUGUCACGCUCGGUCUGAUGCUGGCUGGCGCCGGCACCACCAGCUCGAUCCAAAAUUAUCUGAUCAUGGCAUUGGCUUUACACCCACAUGUGGUUAAGAAGGCCCAGGAGGAACUCGACUCGGUGGUGGGCAAAGACCGAAUUCCAGUCAAGGAUGAUGAGCACAACUUGUCUUACAUCCGGGCUGUCAUCAAGGAAACCCUCCGCUGGCGACCCUUUUCGAAUCAAGGUUUCUACCAUGCGACAAGCAAGGAAGACUGGUACGGAUCAUAUCACAUUCCUGCUCAUACCACCAUCAUAGCGAAUGCCUAUUCCAUCCAUCAAGAUGAGAAACGGUACAAAGACCCAGAAGUCUUUGAGCCCAUGCGCUACAUCGAUUACAAGCUCAGUGCUCAGGAGUAUGCGAAUAUGGAUGACGCAGAGCAACGUGAUCAUUUCGCCUAUGGUGUCGGACGCCGCAUCUGUGCGGGUCUGAAUAUGGCGGAGCCCAGCCUGUUCCUGCUUGCAUCUCGAUUGUUGUGGGGUUUCAAUGUCAGCCAGAAGUGUGAUGAAGAUGGGAAACUGAUUCCUAUCGACACUCUGGGAUAUAGCGGAGGCGUCUUCGCCAAACCGUUGCCAUUCGAGGCCUCUAUCUCUUGUCGAAGCGAGCAGCAUGCUCGCGUGAUCGAGAAGGAAUUCAAAAAUGCCCAUAGUGAUGUGAGAAGUUUGGCACAAGCUACCAAAGACGGGGAUAUGCCUGGGAUGCAGAACCUGGUAAAAGUAUUGAUGGCACAUCCAGAUACCCAUUUCGCGGGCAAGACGUGA